GUAAGAGGCGACGAACUUGUGUGUUCUGGUCACGUCGUUCAGAGUUCGACCCUCGGCAACGGCAGGUGUGUCAUGAGGGGGAAACUGUCGUCUGCAGGUUGUCCAGUGUAGUAAUUACCUCCUGCAGGUGUGCCAAGGGCCCACCCGGAAAACUGGGGAUAAAGACGGGAACAACCCGCUCGUUGAAGGUGGUGAUGGCGUGUCUGAGGGCGUGGGUGGGGCUGACCACACUCCUCACCUUCGCAUUCUUUGUCACAACAGGUGCGACGAUGCAGUGUUUCCUCUGCAGCUACUCGCCACGCAGUAACAGCUCCAGAAUCGACGGCUGUACGGACGGCAACUUCACCGAGGAGCAGACCGAGUCCCGCUCCUGUGACCUGGGCUGUGAGGCUGUCACCGUCUACGACCUAAACGGUGAGGUGGAGAGUUUUCACCGCAACUGCGCCACCGAAGACACCCUCAUGACAAACUCGUGCGGUUUCUACAAAACCAUCAUCCUGACGCGUUACGUCUGCACCUGCGACUGGUCGUACUGCAACACCGCCUCUAGCCAGAUGCAGGUGUUUCGACCGGGCCUGUUGAUGUUGCUGGGUCCUGCGGUCACAUGGUUGGGUCUUUCCCAAAGGCUACUGACCGUAUGAGGGACGGUGGCCGCUGUUUCUGCAACAUAAGUGUGAACGUCUCCUAACUUCAACAGAACCUAUGAGCCUUCUGAUUACCGAGAAAAGACAUUAGUACAUUUUGGACAGUGAAGACGAUACUGUAAAUGACUGAUCAGUGACUUUGUUUCAGAUUUUGGUAUAAUCAUGAAAAUGAAGUUACUUGUACAGCUCAGCACAAAACCGUAUCUUGGGCAGUGAGAACGCAUUUUAUGGCGGCACAGCAGACGACGAGUGAGGGGAUUAGAUAGCUGACGCAGGAAACACGCGCCUCCUAUUGUUGCGCCACCGUCAGUCAACACAAUGUUAACAAUAUCCACUUCCAGAGCGUCAGUCCAAAAAAAUUGCAUUUUAGCACCUGAUAUUCUCUGAUAGCUGUAGAGGAUAUUCCUCACGGCGGAUAUACAGUACUGUUUGUGUUACGAAGAAUGCAGUCAGCAUCUCACCAGGACACGGUGAUCACGGUACCAGGUGAUAGGUAAAAAGACAACAUUUUCAUUACAUUUUUUACCUUCAACAAUUAUUUGUUUUUGUUUUACUAUGCCAUGUCUUCACGGGGAAACCCUCUGUUCUGUUUCGAGGGGAAGAGACCAUAGCUAGUCACAACUGUAAGGCAACAGUCAAUACACAAGAACUACAAUAAUCAAGGAUGCAGGGAGUAAUUUACUUUGAGUAGUCUGUGGCGGGAUGACUCACAGACACCACAAAGAGAGCGAGAGGUGUCCCCUACGCCCACCCACGGUACGCCCCUCUCUUAUAACACAGACACAGUGUUUAAGUGACCUCACUCAAUGUAGACUCAUACCUGUAGUGAGGCUGGCCUUGCAUAUACGAAGCGGAUGGUAGCUCUUUGUCAUGCAUGUUUGCACGUCAGUCGGCCUACCCAAACAUAUUUUUUUUCUAACAUAUGAUAAAUGUUGCAGAGAAAACAUCUCAUCGGAGUAAGAAGCCGUCCAAAAGUGACUUGACAUCUCCAAAUUCGGACUUGGCCCAAAAGUACCAACUAUACUAAUGUCAUGGGCAGCUGCUAUUACAACAGCUAGCUCAAGAGCACCACCUGUACUCAUGUCGUGGGCCACUGCUGUUACAACAGCUGGCUCAGGAGCACCACAUGUACUAGUCAUACUAAGUUUCUUAAUGUGUUCACGGUGUGAUGCGUCAUCUUGUGUGUAUAGUAUUAGCUCUUCGUUUCUUCAAGUAUUUACUUAGUUUGUCCAUCAGCUUAGGAGGUGCACAGGCUGAAGCAACUCUGGAAUCACAGACGGAGGGAUGGACCAGUUGAUACUGGCAAUCAACCUGAUCAAGUGAGAGUGUACUUGUGGGACAUCAGAUCGCCGGUGCACUCUUCAGGGAGUGCUGGGGCGCGUAUCUGUCGUCACUCUGCAGCCUGUCUGCUUUUUCAGUCAGUGUGUUUCCGCUAUGAAGCCUGCCAAAGAUGCCUCACAAGCAAUAACAAUGUUUGAUGUAUAUAUUUUAGAUAUCACUGUAUUCAUCACUGCCACGCCAAACACAAAACUACCAUUCUAGAGUCUAAACGUGCAAGCUCUCAGUGUUAUUACCAGGUGCAAUGAGCUGCAAUCAUAGCUUAUAAGCAUUACACUAUGAAUAAUUGCAUAGCAUGUAUAUGCUUCUCAAAAAAUAUUCAUAAAAUUCUGUUUUAUCUUUGAAUCUCAUCAACUUUCUGUUCACAGCAAAAAAACAAUCUUCACUGUACACAGGAAAAGCUUUUUUUGUAUUUCUGUAUAAUAAAAGUGAGAAUGGUGUGUUUGCUUGACCUGGGCGGCCAGAGGAUGUAGCAGAGGUGUGGUCAGGGUCGGGCCACACCUUGUUGUUGUCGAGGCCGAUAAUUUCCGUGGACUGUGUCUGCACUUGACUGUGUUCCUUGUUACUCCGGCUCGCCAGCACGUCAGUCAUUUAUCAGCAGUUAUUACAAGACAUCUCUUACACAGAGAGUCUAUUGCCCAUUCCACUCUGCUUGUGAUAAAAAUGAAAUAAUGUUUUCUGUCGAUGUCAUUCGCCAGAGGACAGCCGGGCGUAUCCAUGUUGGGAGUAGCUUUCUGUAUGAUAGUGGUAGAGCUUAUUGACGCGUCAGUCAGUAAGGUAGCAACAAAAUGUCUCCUUGUAAAUUCUGCUUUAUAUAAUAUACGGUUUUUAUACCACCUUCAUGACCCCCUGGCAUUUGUCUUUCAUAUGGUCAAGUCUAUAAUAUAUUAUUCAAUAGAUUUUAUACCACAGUUUAGGUUUAUAAAAGAUGAUAUAUUGAAAAAAAAAAGUACUAUAUUGAAAAUAUAAUACGUUAGAGUAGAUAGUAAGUGUUGUCAAAACAGGGAAUACUUGGUAUGUAUAUGAAACAUUGACCAGCGGUCACAACACCUGGUAUGCUGACCACAGGAACCUCUGGUCAGUACACAACACAUGGUAUAUUGACCACACGAACCUCGGGUCAGUACACAACACGUGGUAUAUUGACCACACGAACCUCGGGUAUUUACACAACACGUGGUAUAUUGACUACUGGCCAGAGGUCACAACACCCGGUAUGUAUAUAAACAUUACACAAGAACACUCGGUAUAUGUACACCACAAUGACCUUAGGUCAUUACACCACAACACUGACCAGAGGUCAUCACCACACAGUCAGCAGAACAAAAUGUGCAUAUAUCUGGCUGUCACAUGAGCAAAUUUAUGGUUUAUCUGUCAAUAAAAUAUAAAAUCUGA